AGGACUGUGCAUGGCUCGUGUAAGCCAACCUUUCCACAACCGCAACGACUUGGUCCCCCCAAUGCGUUCCGUGGCGGCAUCAACCAAUCCAUGCCGUCUCUACCGUGUUCCAACUCUUUCGUGUCGCCAACCAGAUCCACUCUCAGGUAUCGUGGGAACCAUAACCCGUGGUGUAACGAGCUUGCGAGCAGACCACAACAACCAUCCACGGAUCGCAGUGUAAGAUCUUCAAGCCUGACUUCGGUCAUUGAGAUGUACUACAGGUCACCCUCAAACUCGGAACCCAAACUGUCACGCACAAUUCGCCCCGCCGGAUCUUUCUACUACGACUACACUGAAGGUUUUGAAACCCCGGAACACCAGAUAGAUCCUCGCGAAUCCACCCUGGCGCUGCCUUUAGCUCCAAUUCCCCAGCGAGCAUCGAGCCUUACCAAAGCCUUAGUACUUCGAGACGAAACGAAGGCUCGUCUUGACGCUCUCGUCGACAUAUCUGUGAAAGACUCAAGCGACUCGUCUGGUGAUAACUGUCGAGCAUUAGUCAGGAAACCUGCCAACGACAUCGAAACGUUACCUUCACAACGCUCGAACUCCAGAACCGCCCCUCCAAUGCUGGAACAUUUUCCGUUCGAAGUUGAUGGGACAUUGGCUUCUCGCCCUGUCGACGUUGAUGCUGAUCCGAGCAUGUUUGCACAAUUAUCACAAGUCGUUGAUACUACAGCUUUACGGCGAUCUCAAACGACUCCAAAGCCUCCAUAUACCAGAAAUGGCAAAUCCAAGGACGAAGAAGAUGUCGAAUACAACGUGGAAGACUGCGUGAAUCCCACUUGUGGCCAAGAGCAGGCGAAUGGAGGCCAUACGACCAUGGCUAAAGCUGAUGCUUUCCGUCCCGUUGAGGAACAUCUAACGAAAGCUCCCCCUGAGUCCUGUUGCAAAAAUCCAGAAGAGCUCAUCUCAGGCCCUAGCGAACCAAACUCGUCGCGAGUAGAGCUGGUGAAUCGAGAGCGGAUGUCCAGAAGAGCACCAUCCCACAGUGGCCUUGCGGCGCUUCUCCGCUCGAGCUUACGACAUUCGGUUGAGCCUGGCUUAUCCGACUUAGCGGCUUUAGUUUCAUCAUUUGAGCGGAUUGCCAAGUCACCAUUCAUGAGCAAGGAUGAUGACUCAACUGGGCUUCGCGAGGCCUAUGAAGAUGAGCCGAAAGACCUCAAUACUGAACUUUACCACGAUCAACCCCUGAAACCGGGCAACAUGGCGGAUGAGGCUGCCACAAGUGGCGGAACCCAUCCCGACCUUAAGUGGAGGCCCUUCUUCAGAGGCCACCGUAGAAAUCGAGCCCUUGCCCGGAUCAGUACGGCAAGUCUCCGAAGUCAUACAGCGCCACCAGUCGCCAACACAGACAUUCCUCUCCUCUCCCCGGCGCCAAUUUUUAAGACUCGCUUCCUGAGUACGAGUAGCAGUGUCCCGCACUUGAUGAAGGCAUUGCCCUCUCUUCCCAAAGAAGCGCAACUUCAACUAAGACGAGCUUCAGAGGCUUCUGGAGAUGAUUUGCGAUUUCCAAUAAAGUUCUCACCUUUUCAGCUCGAAAUCCUUGCAACUCCACGGUCGAGUCCUAGAAUUACUGCACAUUCAGAUGUGGGAGACCAUGAGUCUUUCCGAGCCAGCAUUGAGCUCGAAGUCGUUCAACCCCGGAGAGGGCAAAAACCGGCGGAUCCUGGUGUACCAAGCCCGAAAAUGAAAGUGGCUGUGGUGUCAAGCCCAUCGAAGCGAAAACUUCGACUCAAAGCAUCUCGACUGGCCUUGGAUGUGGACACAAUUCCAGAAGACCAGACCGGCACAGCCAAAGACCUCUUCACCCCGGAGCGCCAUGAGGAGCGCCAAAGUAGCAUGACUUACCGGCGGAAGGGAAGACGAUUUAUCCAGCUCACACCAAGUGGCGGGGAAAAUUUACCGGCCCGUAUCUCUCCAACAGCAAGAUACUCCAGAGAUGGGCACCUUCACGAGCGUGACAUUCCUCUGGCGCACCCUGUUGACGCGAACCUCUAUAGGUUGAGUGCGUCCACCGAUGGAUUUGACCUCAGCGAUUCCCGAAGCUUCAGCUCCGAUUUGACUUUUUUCCGGCCGCAGAUCCUCAAGAAAAAGCUAUCGAACCUCAGGCUUUGCCUCACCAAGUCACGUUUGAAUUUUCGAGAGCGCGUGAACAAGCACACUGGCAGGCGACCCCGACCAACCAGGUUCAUUGGCCCGACGAACUCUAACGUGACGUUUGUUCACAGUGAAUGGGCCACGGCCACCCCGGGCCAGCCGAAACAAGUGCGAAGGAAGAUGAAGAUAUGGAUUCGGCAAGCUGUCCGCAUCUGCGUCAAAGGCCGGCGAAGAGAGAGCGAAAUUAUCUCUUAGCCACCAGGGAGAAAAUGUUGGAAUCAUUAUUAGCGUCAUUGGGUGCUUUUCUUGCUUGAUUCUCAAGGACAUGAGCUUCUUGAAAAGAGACUUGUUGCUGUUUCUGGGGAGAGUUGUAAGCGGAGUGAUGGACCGGGGCCCGAGUAGAUGAUACAUGCGGUUGGUUGGGACGUAAUGAGCGAUGGCGGGUUUGUUGAGAACGAGACAUCGUGAAGUGGCUUGACCAGGUCAGGGCCAGAUUAACAGAAUCAAUAAAAUACG